AUGACUACUCCACAAGACUCUAUUAAUAGUCAACAAUUAUCUUCACCUGCUUUCAAAGAAACUACAGAGUCUGAGUUUGAUGAUUAUUCACAAAAUAGUCAUUUUAUUAAUCCCAAUAUUAUUGCAUUAGGAUUAGCUAAAAUAGGAAUAAAUUCUGUUUUGGAUGCAUUAGAUAAAGGAGAAACAGCAAAAAAAGAAUCACGACAACCAGUUUUACCUAAUAAAGCAUAUGAACAAUUAAAUUUAUUUAAUACAACUCAUAAAGUGAUUGAAGAGAAAACAGGAAAAAAAUAA